ACUGCGGGGUGUGGGGGUCUGCGACAUGGCAGCCUCUCCCUCGGCUGAAAUAGUUGGGGCGACUCUUUCUGGACGGGUGGAGAAGGAAAGGGGCCGCGGCCCCGAUGGACGGACGCCCGGGUGGUUCGGGGCUCGUCUGCUCUGAAGGUAGAAGGCGUUGGCUCCAGGACGCUUGCAGGUAUGUUUAUAAAAGUGGAUUAGUUUCCAUGUUAAAUGAAAAUGGCCAAUUCUCUAAGAGCAGAAGUACUGAAUCUUUAUAAGAAUCUGCUGUAUCUUGGACGGGACUAUCCAAAAGGAGCAGACUAUUUUAAAAGACGUUUGAAGAAUGUCUUCCUUAAAAACAAAGACGUGAAGGACCCAGAGCAGAUCAAGGAGCUUAUUGAACGAGGCGAAUUUGUAAUGAAAGAGCUGGAAGCCUUAUACUUCCUCAGGAAAUACAGAGCUAUGAAGCAACGCUAUUACUCAGAUACCAACAAAACUAACUGAUCAGUACUACUGUGAUGUGGCUGAAAAUCAGUACCAGCUGUUUGUGUACACCAAAUAUUAUAAAGUAAUUCUAACUUAAAAUACACAUUUUAUAAAAAACACCUGCGCUUUCCUACUGAACUAAAACACACAUGCUCCAAGCUCACUGACACAACCCUUUAUGCUCAGGUUUUAUUAUUAAAAUC